AUGACCCUCUCCCACGACGAGGCUGCCAAGGCCCUCAAGGAGCAGGCGGACGCAGACGCUGCCAAGAACAAGAUGGCCCUCGCCACCGCCAACAGAUCGACCUCACGGGCGUUCUCUCUGACCUCCCUGCAUGCCCAAGCCGUCGGCCUGCAAUCCAUCAAGGGGCACGUCCCCGUCGAGCUCGCGCUUGACACUGGCGUUCACCGCCAGUGGCGCACCUUCUUACGCAUCAUUGUCCGCAAGUACGCCCUCCUUGAUCACCUCGACAACGCCGCCCCCGAGGUGACAUCGCCGGAGUGGUCUCUCCUGGAUGCCACGGUCUUCUCUUGGCUCUAUGGGUCUGUCUCCAUCAGCAUCCUCGACGCCAUCAUGACACCGGGCGAUGACCCCCUCGCUAUCGAUAUCUGGAACGGCAUCAACAGUCUCUUCAACGAUCACAAGAUCAACCGCCAGCUUCACCUCAUGGCCGAGCUUGGCGAUGUCAGCAUGGGCGAGCUCAGCAUGACCGACUAUCUGAAGAAGGUCAAGUCUCUCUUUGAUGAGCUAUCCGAUCUUGGUUCCCCCGUCAAAGAGGCCGAUAUGGUGAUCCACUUCCUCAACGGUCUCUCCGAGCAGUACGACUCCGCCGCCAAUCUGAUCUUGCUCAUGCCAGGGAUCACGCUCGCGCAGUGCUGCUCUCUCUUGGAACUUCAGGACAUGAAGCGCAAGAACCGCGGCGGCCCUCUUCACCAGCCCCGGCGCACCUGUCAGGGGCACCGGGAAGGGCAAGAAAAAGAAGAACAUUGCUGCCAUUGA